AUGUCUUCAGACCAGGGUCACCGGCUAUACGUCAAGGGCAAGCACCUUUCGUACCAGCGCGGCAAGCGCAACACCAACCCGGACACCUCUCUCAUCAAGAUCGAAGGCGUCGAGGACCCCAAGGCCGCUUCUUUCUACCUUGGAAAGCGCAUCGCAUACGUCUACCGGGGCAAGAAGGAGAUUAGAGGCAGCAAGAUCCGCGUGAUCUGGGGCAAGGUUACGAGGACACACGGAAACUCGGGAGUGGUGCGCGCACAGUUCAGACACAACCUGCCACCCAAGUCUUUCGGAGCGAUGGUGCGGAUCAUGCUUUACCCAAGCGCGAUAUGA